UCCAUAAAGUGAGUUUGGUUUGGAAAGGUGGUGAGGAGGGUCAAUGCCGAGAGCCAUUUAUAGACAAAACGAGCAGGGAGAGAGAAAGAGCAUACAAAACUUAACAUACCCUUUUUAGUUUCUACAAACGUACAACCUGGAGUGCGCGAACAGAAAAGGGCUAAAUUAUAGCACCACUGACGCGUUGGACAGGAUAAGUAACACUGAGGAAAACCAGACACAUGCCAUUGCUAUAAAUAACAGUACAUAAGGCAGUGUGCAAUGGCUCCGUCGCUCUCACAGGCCUACAGGAGGCGCUGGUGGAUGGCUGUCACAUCAAUUAUAGAAAACCUGCUCUUCUCUGCCGUAUUGUUGGGUUGGGGCUCCCUUCUUAUCAUGCUGAAGAGUGAGGGCUUCUACUCACACCUGUGUACAGAGAAUGUCACAGAGGCUGACACUAAUGUGAGUUUAACGGAACAGACGGUUUGGCCGAGCUGUAUUGAGCAGGAGGAGAUUCUGAAUCUGGGAUUUACGAUUGGCUCGUUCAUCAUCAGCGCAUCCACUCUGCCACUAGGUGUCCUGAUGGACAAGUUUGGUCCACGUCCAGUCAGAUUGUUUGGCAGUUCAUGCUUUGCACUCUCCAUGGUUUUGAUUGCAGCAGCAUCUUAUGAUCCAAAAGUAUUAUCAGCUCUCAUAUUUAUUGCUGUGUCCAUGAAUGGGUUCGGAGGAAUCUGUCUAACCUUUACUUCACUAACAUUGCCAAAUAUGUUUGGAAAUGUGCGGUCUACGAUUCUUUCACUGAUGUUUGGCUCAUACGCCUCCUCAGCGGUCACUUUUCCAGGAGUCAAGCUGAUCUACGAUGUGGGCGUCUCAUUUUCUGUUAUAUUCUGGUUAUGGGCAGGGUUUGCCUGCCUCGUCUUCCUCAACUGCUUUAUUAAUUGGCCAGGAGAAUCUUUUCCUGGCCCUGAGGACAUCAGAUACAGUACAAUUGUGAAGUCGAGAGGUGAAGCAGUGGACCAUAAGAUGACUGAAGAAAGUUCAUUCAGUCAGGACACUCCUAAAGAGCAAGAGGUGACCAAAAAACAACCCUCCACUGAUGAAGCAGCCAGUGAUGGAACAAUUGCACAAAGCCAGGGAUCCCCUCCCUUUUACCGUUCUGUGUGCUCACCUAUUUUCCUGUGGAGCAUCAUCACCAUGGCGAUGAGCCAGCUCCGUAUCAUUUUUUUCAUGGGUGCCCUGAAUAAGAUGGUGGAGUUCCUGGUUACCCAUGGUGACCCUAAUCCCUCAGAGGAGUUAGUGAAGGAGGCAGAAGAGAAAGUGAAUCUCUACUCGUCCAUCUUUGGCACUCUUCAGCUGCUCUGCCUGGUUUCCUGUCCUCUGAUUGGCUACAUCAUGGACUGGAGAAUGAAGGAGUGUGAGGACGUGGUGAUUUCAGCAGAGGGAGAAAAAAGUACCUCUGGGCCUCCAAAGAGAGACAGAAAGAUCCAGAAACUCACCAACGCCAUCAGAGCUUUCAUCCUUACUAACACUCUGCUAGUCAUCUUCGGCAUCAUCUCCCUUAUAGACAAUCUACCCAUACAGGUGGUGUCUUUUGUUCUUCACACUGCAGUUCGAGGGUUUAUUCAUUCCUGCUGUGGUGGGCUCUACGCUGCUGUCUACCCAACUAAUCACUUUGGCACUCUGACGGGCUUGCAGUCCAUGAUCAGUGCUGUGUUUGCCCUCCUACAACAGCCACUCUUCAUGUGGAUGGUGGGACCAUUGAAGGGUGAUCCUUACUGGAUCAACUUGGGCCUGCUUGUGUUCUCAUUAAUUGGAUACCUGCUGCCAGGAUACCUCUUCUACCACCGGAGACAAAUUACAAAGGAGAAGACAGCACGUGAUAGUCUGUCACUGAGCCAGUCUGUGCAGCAGAGCAACAGCCUGAACCUAACAAAUGAUUCUGCAAAAUAUCAAACGAAUGGGAACGUCUGAGGUGGAAAACAUUUAGUAUUGAGAUUAAUGUGAAUUAUAGACCAGAUUUAUGAGUUAUGGUAUCAUGGCACUUCAGAAACUGGGCUUCAUGUUCAGUCACUAUACAGUAGAUACCUGACAAAUAUAAAACAGUGUUAAAAAACAAACAAAUGUGCAAUUUGAAGCAUCAGUCAAGACUUUGACUGCGUGAUUAAGCAGGAUGUAUUUUCAAGGCUUUUAUUAUCAAUCAGAAAAACAUUAUGCCAUGUCCUACAAUAUAUAGUUUGGAGUUUUCUUCAUUGUUAUUGCACUGACAUGUCCAUUAUAAUGGUAGUUAAAUAUGAUCAAACACAUCUAAACUUCCUCCCGUGAAGCACCUUCCUGCCUCGUCACUUUUGUUAAAAUCAGUAUGAAAAUGAUCAAAAUUUGCUCUAUUUACUUUCUUAAGAAAAACAGUGUUAUUGUGCACAAUUUAUCACUGCACAUUAUACCAAAGACAAUCAUUUUGUGUUCAUAAUCUUUUAUCAAAACUUGAUCUAACUUGCUGAGAUACUAAGCCUCUAUGCCGGAGGUUUUGGGAGAGUAGCUCACAAUUAACUGUGAACUCUUAUUCUACCAUGUUAUGAUCUUUAUUGUGUAUGUGCAGGACACACACACAUUCAAAUUCAUUAGUAUGCAUAGUUAAACAAUUUUUAAAUAAGGCUCACAAUUUAUGGAAUGUAGAGAAUGUAAAGUUUUUGUGUACAGGUAAACCCAAUCUCCCUUCAAGACUCAGGGCUUCAUGAAAUGCUCACUUUAUCUUGACAUGGAUCAUUUGAAUUUUAAAACUUUGGUUUAAGUAGAUUUUUUUGUCAUCCCUCUCUCACGAAACUUGAUGGAAAUGCAGCUUUACAUUACAAAUGGUAUUGCAGAGGCCAGUUUUGCACUAUAUUCUUUGUUUCAGAAGUUCUGUUCUGUAUGUUACAGAACUCUAAUCAUGUUAUCAGUUUCAACGACUCUACUGAUUUUUCAACAUAAUGGUGCUUGUACUGAGCUCAUGUCUGUAAAUAUGCUUAAAAGAAAAAAUCUAAUAAAUUCAAAGAUUUUCUCACAAAUCAGCCUAUUUCUUAGCUGAUUAUUUAUUAGUAAAAAAAAUUCUAAAAAAGUUUCCAUCAUUCAUCAUACUUAUAAAUAGACACAUAGAGGCACUUAGACACUUACAAAUACAACAGAUGUGAUGUUUACCAGAUGUUCUGGUACAC